AUGAACGCAUCGUCUGCCAACAUGACCGUGGUUCUUCAGUAUCGAGACUCGUUCACUAAAGCCGUGACCAAGAAUGUGAUUGUCGUGGUUCUUGGUAUCUCCAUCAACUACAUCAACGCAGGCCUCAUUCACACCUUCAGGAAACACCAGAUCUUCUACACGAAUCCCCGCUACAUCCUUUUCAUUCACCUGGUGGUCAACGACAUGAUCCAAGUGACGCUGGCUAUCAUCCUGUUUGUCAUCAGCUACACCAUCUACAAACUCAACGUCUCCCUCUGUUGCAUUUUAGUUCUCCUGACUCUGUUCACCACUGAAAACACUCCUCUGAAUCUGGCCUGCAUGGCGAUGGAGUGCUACAUCGCCAUCUGCUUCCCCCUUCGCCACGCGCAGAUCUGCACGGUCAAGAGAACUUGGAUGGUGAUUGGUUUGAUGUGGGCGACCAGCAUGUUGUCAGUUCUCCCUGAUCUCUUCAUCACCAUGGCCACAGAGCCUCUGGACUUCUUCCAUUCCAGAGUGUUCUGUCUCCGGCAAAAUGUCUUCCCAAACCCCCUCAUUGUCAAGAAGAGGGACGUCACUUAUGUUGUGUUUUUAGUGAUGGUUUGGCUCGUUAUCUUUUACACCUACCUCAGGAUUCUGUUCACAGUAAAAUUAGCUCGCAAAGAUGCUAGCAAAGCCAGAAACACGAUCCUGCUCCACGGGUUUCAGCUGCUGCUGUGUGUGACAGCAUAUGUCGGCCCACAGUUAAAAAAUGCUCUGCUGCUGUGGUUCCCGAAGAACUACACGGACUCCCUCUUUGCCACGUACAUCAUAAUACAGAUGCUGCCGCGAUCCAUCAGUCCUAUAAUCUACGGCGUGCGAGACAAAACGUUCAGGUCGUACCUGAAACAGCACCUGAUGUGUAAAGUCAGAAUAUCGUGA